CCGAAAUCGAUCGCGUUCUCAAAAAGGUUGCUGAAGGAGUUGAGACUUUUGAGGGCAUUUUUGAUAAAAUUCAAGCCACUACUAAUUCUAAUCAAAAAGAAAAAUUAGAACAAGAUCUGAAAAAAGAAAUUAAGAAACUUCAAAGGCAUCGAGAUCAGAUAAAAACAUGGAUAUCUUCAAAUGAUAUCAAAGAUAAGCGUGCAUUGAUUGAAAACCGGCGUAAAAUUGAACAGCAAAUGGAAAAGUUCAAAGCAUGUGAAAAAGAAAUGAAGACAAAGGCUUAUUCUAAAGAAGGCCUACAGCAGUCGAUAAAGAUGGAUCCUAAAGAAAAAGAAAAAAUUGAGACAUGUGAAUGGGUGUCUAAUCAAAUCGAUGCACUUAGUACCCAGAUUGAAACUGCUGAAGCCGAAGCUGAACUACUUCAAAGUGCUGUCAAGAAAGGCCGAAAAGAUGCAACAAAGGCUGAUCGGCUAGGUGAAGUAGAAAAUACAAUAGAAAGACACAAGUUUCAUGUGAAUCGGCUAGAAUUAAUAUUGCGACUAUUAGAAAAUGGUAAUAUCCCUGCGGAAAAGGUUAUUGCAAUCCAAGAUGACAUCAAAUAUUAUGUUGAAAGCAAUCAGGAACCCGACUUUGCCGAAGACGAAAACAUAUACGACGAUCUGAAUCUUGAAGAGGAAGAAGAAUUAUGGGGCAUUACGAACGAAGAUCAUCAUAGUAAUGAUGAAUCAAACUCAGAUGAACCACGGACUCCGCCAAAGGAUCCUUCAAGUCCGGCAACGUCACCAACAACUAGAAUUGUUGUGCCAAAACCUCCUAUACCUGUACCCACUCCAACAAGAAAAACUAGCAAUCCUCCUGAACCAUUAUCACAACGUUCGAAAGAAGAAGAUAAACAGAAGCCACCAGCAAUAUUAACUGGAUCAGCAAUAACAUCUAAUAGUCUUCAGUCUCCACCCUCCACAUCAGCUGCAUACCCCCCACUAAAAUCCGCUCCUCUUACUGGUCCGACACGAACAUUAGCUGCAGUAGUAGCAAAGCAAGGCAUUAUAGAUACAACGCCGCCGGUAUCUACGCCACAGCGUUAUUCUACGACUGCUGCAUCAACUGUACAGGAUCAUUCUACU